AUGGAAGUUGAUACCAAUAGUGACACCAAUACAAUAAAAAAUAAUGAUGUAAUAUUUGUAAAAGAAAAAAAUUUAUUUAAAGAUGAUAUAGUUUGUUAUAAAUCACAAUAUUGCCUUGUAGCAAGAGUUUCGUGGGAUCAUGAUAAUUUAGAUGUUGAUGAUGAUGAUGACGAUGAAGAUGAUGAAGAAGAAUCAGAAGAAGAUAGUGAAGAAUCAGAAUCAGAAUCAGAAGGAGAUUCAAAUGUAAUGGAAAUAGAGGAUAGUAGUAUUAAUAAUAAUAAUAAUAAUAAUGAUAAAAUUAAAAAUGCAAUCAAAAAAAGUGGGUUUUAUUCAACAGAUGAUAUCUUAAAAAUGAAUCAAGAUAUUAAAGAUGGAGUUUUAACAAAUAAAGAAUAUUUAGAUAUAGAGGAUUUAGAAAAUGAUGAUUUUAAACGUCAUUCAAGAAGAAGAAAUAAUAACGAUGACGAUAAUGAUAAUGACAGCGAUGACGAAUAUGAUUAUUAUGAUUUUAAGAAUAACGAAAGUGGUGUUUUAUUAUUAGUAAUUAGCAGUAACCAAUUGAUUGAAGUAGAUUAUAAUGAAGAGGAAUUACAAAUUUUCGAUAGACAUUUCUAUUUAACCGAUUCAGUUCAAAAGAUUAAUUCCGAUAGUAAAUUAUUAGGUUCAGUUAUAAAAUGUCAAAAAACUUAUUUCGUAGUACCAUUUUCAACUAUAAACACUGGUAUAAUCACUCAAGGUGAUUUAACUUUAGUUCAAAAAGUUUAUGAUCCAUCAACUUUAGUUGUUGGUAGUAAAGUUUUUGAUUCAAAUAAAAUUGCUGCUGGUUUAGUUACAAAGGUUGUAUAUGAUUUAGAAUGUUUAGAUGUUAAUAAUAAUGAUAAAAUUGUAAAGAUAAAGAGAGCAGAAUCAUUGAAUAAUGUAUUCCUUCAUAAGAUUUAUAAUGAUGAUGAUUCAUUUUGUCCAGGUAAAAUAGUAUUUUCAAAGAGUAAAAAGAAAUUAGUAAUAAAUAAAGUUAUACCAGUUGAAGCCGAAAUUGAAUGGUUAUACUUUUUUAAAAAUGAUUGUGAUUAUCCAAAUUCAAUUCAACCAAUUGAUAAAAUCAUUAAAUUCUCUGAUGAUUAUGAAACUUUUAGUUGUGGUGAACCUAUAGUUUAUAUUGAUAAAGAUGGUGAAGAAAAAGGUGGAUAUUUAUUUUUAACAAAAUCGAUUUAUACAGUUGCAUGGCAAGAUGGUGAAUUUACACAAGAGGAUUCAGUUGAUUUAAUGAUUUGCGAUUCAUUAGCAACAGAUUAUUUCCCAGGUCAAGUUGUUUGUACAAGUGGUAUGGAUGUUGCAAAUCCAUAUAGUAAUAAACAAUCGAAAUGGGGUGUUGUUAUAUCAACUAAACCAACUGAUAGAGUUUGUUCAAUUAAUUGGAAUAAUAUUGUUCAUGAAGAUGAUGAUAAUAGUGGUGGUAGUAGUAAUAAUAAUAAUAAUGAAGAUAAUAAAGAUUCAACAUUAAUUAUUAAAUAUUUAAAUGAUAAUGGUGAAUCAAGUUUUAUUGAAAAUGAUGUUUCAGUUUAUGAUAUUGAAUAUUUAGAAGAAUAUAAUUUCGAUGAAUCGGAUUACGUUUGUAAAUUAGAUGAUUCAAAGAUUUUAAAAGAAGCAGAUAUUAUUGGUCAAGUUAUUGGUAGAGAUGGUUUACAAUUAAAAAUUAAAUGGAAUAACGGUUUCAUUGAAAUGGUUUAUCCAUUUGAAUUAACAAAAGUUGACGAUUUCGACGAUUCUGAUAGUGAAGAUGAAGAAGAUGAUGAUGAAUAUUAUGAUGAUGAUGAUGAUGAUAGAUCGUCUUUUAGCGAAUAUUGUGAAUCAUCAAAUUCAAAAGAACAAGAGGAUACAAGUGAAACUGAAAAAGAAAUUAAAAAAGUAAUUAAAAAAAUUGAAGACGAAGAAAAAGAAAAAUUAAAACCAAUUCAACAACAGCAACAACAAAUUAUUAAUAAAAUAUCAAUCGAAGAAAAAGAAAAAGAAAAUCAAAAUGAAAAUGAAAAAGAAAAUAUUGAAAAUAUAAAUGAAAAUAAUAAUAAUUAUAAAAUAAUAGAUAAUGAUAAAGAAUUAAUUAAAAAUACAGAACAAAUUGAAAAUGGUUGUAUUAAAUUUGAAAUUUUAAAAGAAUUUGAAAUUCAUAAUUUUAUAGAGGAAAAGAGUGGUGGUUCAUUGAAUAAAAAGUUUUUAAAUACAAUUUCAAAAGAGUUUGAAAUUUUAUCAACUUCAAUGCCACCUGGUAUUUUUGUUAAAGCAAAUUCAACUAAAAUUCAAUUAUUAAGUGCUUUAAUUAUUGGUCCACAAGAUACUAUAUAUGAGAAUAGUAUUUUCAUAUUUGAUAUUUAUUUACCAAAUCAAUAUCCAAUGGUACCACCAAAGGUUUUCUAUCAUAGCGUUUCAUUCAAGUUACAUCCAAAUUUAAAUGUUAAUGGUACGGUUUGUCUUAGUUUGUUAGGUACUUGGCAUGGAAAUAAAAAUGAACUUUGGAUACCAGAGGUUUCAAAUCUAUUGCAAGUGUUAAUUAGUAUUCAAGGUUUAAUAUUAGGUUGUAAAGAACCCUAUUUCUUAGAGGCAGGUUAUGAUACUCAAAUCGGAACACAUAUUGGUAUUAGAAAUUCUUCGAUUUUCAAUGAAGAUUCCUAUCUUUUAUCUUUGGAAACUAUUUGUUUCUAUUUAAAAAAUCAACCAAUACUAUUUAAAGAUAUCAUUCAAAAUCAUUUCAAACUUGAAUUACCUGCAAUCUUAAAUAGAAUCGAUCAAUUUUUAAAUCAAAAUAAUCAAGCCAACAAUGGUAUCAAAAGUUUAUUCUGUAUUAACUUACCACCAAGUCAAGGAUUUUUAACUCCUCUUAAAAAAUUAAAAAAUAAAAUUCAAGAAUAUUUAAAAUAA